GGCAUGGCGCAGCCAAUGGGAAGGGUCGGAGGCAUGGCACAGCCAAUGGGAAGGGCCGGGGCACCAAAGCCAAUGGGAAGGGCCGGGAGCGCGCGGCGCGGGAGAUUUAAAGGCUGCUGGAGUGAGGGGUCGCCCGUGCACCGUGUCCCAGCCGUCCUGUCCGGGCAACUCGCUCUGCUUCGCUGUGCCGCCACUAUGCUUUCCGUCCGUGUCCCGCUCGCGCCCAUCACGGACCCGCAGCAGCUGCAGCUCUCGCCGCUGAAGGGGCUCAGCUUGGUCGACAAGGAGAACACGCCGCCGGCCCUGAGCGGGACCCGCGUCCUGGCCAGCAAGACCGCGAGGAGGAUCUUCCAGGAGCCCGCGGAGCCGAAAACUAAAGCAGCUGCCCCCGGCGUGGAGGAUGAGCCGCUGCUGAGAGAAAACCCCCGCCGCUUUGUCAUCUUCCCCAUCGAGUACCAUGAUAUCUGGCAGAUGUAUAAGAAGGCAGAGGCUUCCUUCUGGACCGCCGAGGAGGUGGACCUCUCCAAGGACAUUCAGCACUGGGAAUCCCUGAAGCCCGAGGAGAGAUAUUUUAUAUCCCAUGUUCUGGCUUUCUUUGCAGCAAGCGAUGGCAUAGUAAAUGAAAACUUGGUGGAGCGAUUUAGCCAAGAAGUUCAGAUUACAGAAGCCCGCUGUUUCUAUGGCUUCCAAAUUGCCAUGGAAAACAUACAUUCUGAAAUGUAUAGUCUUCUUAUUGACACUUACAUAAAAGAUCCCAAAGAAAGGGAAUUUCUCUUCAAUGCCAUUGAAACGAUGCCUUGUGUCAAGAAGAAGGCAGACUGGGCCUUGCGCUGGAUUGGGGACAAAGAGGCUACCUAUGGUGAACGUGUUGUAGCCUUUGCUGCAGUGGAAGGCAUUUUCUUUUCCGGUUCUUUUGCGUCGAUAUUCUGGCUCAAGAAACGAGGACUGAUGCCCGGCCUCACAUUUUCUAAUGAACUUAUUAGCAGAGAUGAGGGUUUACACUGUGAUUUUGCUUGCCUGAUGUUCAAACACCUGGUACACAAACCAUCGGAGGAGAGAGUAAGAGAAAUAAUUAUCAAUGCUGUUCGGAUAGAACAGGAGUUCCUCACUGAGGCCUUGCCUGUGAAGCUCAUUGGGAUGAAUUGCACUCUAAUGAAGCAAUACAUUGAGUUUGUGGCAGACAGACUUAUGCUGGAACUGGGUUUUAGCAAGGUUUUCAGAGUAGAGAACCCAUUUGACUUUAUGGAGAAUAUUUCACUGGAAGGAAAGACUAACUUCUUUGAGAAGAGAGUAGGCGAGUAUCAGAGGAUGGGAGUGAUGUCAAGUCCAACAGAGAAUUCUUUUACCUUGGAUGCUGACUUCUAAAUGAACUGAAGAUGUGCCCUUAUUUGGCUGAUUUUUUUUUUCCAUCUCAUAAGAAAAAUCAGCUGAAGUGUUACCAACUAGCCACACCAUGAAUUGUCCGUAAUGUUCAUUAACAGCAUCUUUAAAACUGUGUAGCUACCUCACAACCAGUCCUGUCUAUUUAUAGUGCUGGUAGUAUCACCUUUUGCCAGAAGGCCUGGCUGGCUGUGACUUACCAUAGCAGUGACAAUGGCAGUCUUGGCUUUAAAGUGAGGGGUGACCCUUUAGUGAGCUUAGCACAGCAGGAUUAAACAGUCCUUUAACCAGCACAGCCAGUUAAAAGAUGCAGCCUCACUGCUUCAACGCAGAUUUUAAUGUUUACUUAAAUAUAAACCUGGCACUUUACAAACAAAUAAACAUUGUUUGUACUCACAAGGCGAUAAUAGCUUGAUUUAUUUGGUUUCUACACCAAAUACAAAGCAUUCUCCUGACCACUAAUGGGAGCCAAUUCACAAUUCACUUAGUGACUAAAGUAAGUUAAACUUGUGUAGACUAAGCAUGUAAUUUUUAAGUUUUAUUUUAAUGAAUUAAAAUAUUCGUUAACCAACUUUAAAGUCAGUCCUGUGUAUACCUAGAUAUUAGUCAGUUGGUGCCAGAUAGAAGACAGGUUGUGUUUUUAUCCUGUGGCUUGUGUAGUGUCCUGGGAUUCUCUGCCCCCUCUGAGUAGAGUGUUGUGGGAUAAAGGAAUCUCUCAGGGCAAGGAGCUUCUUAAGUUAAAUCACUAGAAAUUUAGGGGUGAUCUGGGCCUUCACAUGUGUGAGAAGCCAUUUCAUUUUAUUUCUCACUGUAUUUUCCUCAACGUCUGGUUGAUAAAAAAUUCUUGAAGAGUUUUCAUAUGUGGGAGCUAAGGUAGUAUUGUAAAAUUUCAAGUCAUCCUUAAACAAAAUGAUCCACCUAAGAUCUUGCCCCUGUUAAGUGGCGAAAUCAACUAGAGGUGGUUCCUACAAGUUGUUGUUCAUUCUAGUUUUGUUUGGUGUAAGUAGGUUGUGUGAGUUAAUUCAUUUAUAUUUACUAUGUCUUUUAAAUCAGAAAUUUUUUAUUAUCUGUGUUCUUCUAGAUUUUACCUGUAGUUCAUACUUUAAUCACCCAGUGUCUUAUUCUGGCAUUGUCUAAAUCUGAGCAUUGUCUAGGGGAAUCUUAAACUUUAGUAGGAAACCAUGAGCUGUUAAUACAGUUUCCAUUCAAAUACUAAUUUCAGAAUGAAACAUAAUUUUUUUUUUUUUUUUUGAGAUGGAGUCUCGCUCUGUUGCCCAGGCUGGAGUGCAGUGGCGUGAUUUCGGCUCACUGUAACCUCCGUCUCCUGGGUUCAAGCAAUUCUCCUCUCUCAGCCUCCCUAGUAGCUGGGACUGCAGGUAUGUGCUACCACACCUGGCUAAUUUUUGUAUUUUUAGUAGAGAUGGAGUUUCACCAUAUUGGUCAGGCUGGUCUUGAACUCCUGACCUCAGGUGAUCCACCCACCUCGGCCUCCCAAAGUGCUGGGAUUGCAGGCGUGAUAAACAAAUAUUCUUAAUAGGGCUACUUUGAAUUAAUCUGCCUUUAUGUUUGGGAGAAGAAAGCUGAGACAUUGCAUGAAAGAUGAUGAGAGAUAAAUGUUGAUCUUUUGGCCCCAUUUGUUAAUUGUAUUCACUAUUUGAACGUCGUCCUGUUUAUUGUUAGUUUUCUUCAUCAUUUGUUGUAUAGACAAUUUUUAAAUCUCUGUAAUAUGAUACAUUUUCCUAUCUUUUAAGUUAUUGUUACCUAAAGUUAAUCCAGAUUAUAUGGUCCUUAUAUGUGUACAACAUUAAAAUGAAAGGCUUUGUCUUGCAUUGUGAGGUACAGGCGGAAGUUGGAAUCAGGUUUUAGGAUUCUGUCUCUCAUUAGCUGAAUAAUGUGAGGAUUAACUUCUGCCAGCUCAGACCAUUUCCUAAUCAGUUGAAAGAGAAACAAGUAUUUCAGUCUCAAAAUUGAAUAAUGCACAAGUCUUAAAUGAUUAAAAUAAAACUGUUCUUAUGUCA